AUGAAGAUCCUACUUCUUUUCUCGGCUUUUGCCGUUGCUGUCAACGCCGUCCAAUGGAGUGAGCUUGAUUUCUAUAACAUGCUUCGUCGCGAUUUCGCCAAAACCAAUGCGAUUCCUGACAUGUGGAAGUUGACUUGGGACAAGAAGUUGGAGGUGCUUGCCAACAAAUUCGACUGCAAUGAUAAGGCUGUGAGGAAAAAUUACCGUUAUUUCUUGACAGAUGGAAGUCCACGCAAUGAGUCCAAAAUUGUCGACGCUGAUACGCUCAAUUGGAUGAUAGAGACUGAAAAGACAAAUCCUGCUGAACUAACGAAUACGGUAAAGGAGUGGGAAAAGACGACAGCUCGAUUCUUCGAUACCAAGCUCGGAUUCUACCCACCAGUCGACCAACACUCGGGAAAAAUCCCUGGAUCGCAAUGUGGGCCAAACGGAAAGAACGAUGAUGGACUCUGCGUUCCUAAGUGA